AUGCUGGAGGAAGGUAGGACAUGGUUGCCAAGGAAAGCAUCUGAUUCGGUGUGCGAGGUAUUGAGUGAACCUGUUGCCGUGGUUGACUUAUGGAACAGAUCAUGCUCAUGCCGAAUGUGGCAAAUUUCCGGCUUCCCAUGUGCUCAUGCUGCUUGCGUUUUAAACAAAUCGAACACGGAAGGAUACAAUUAUGUGGACGAUUACUUUCAUGUUUCGUCGUACAGACAAAGUUAUGCUAAAGUUAUUUUUCCAUUUGCUAGGCCUAUUACGGAUCCGCCGUUGGCUGUCAUUGGUCCACCUGAGUUCCAGCCGAAACGUGGUAGACCAAAGAUGAAAAGAAUUGCUUCUAGGGGUGAGAGCGUAGCGAGGAGGAUGAGGUGUAGUCGCUGCAACCAGGUUGGAUCCCACAACAAAAAGACGUGCACACGGGCUAUUCAGUAG